AUGGCCGCCCCCAAAGAAGCAACAGAGGCGCAGAUCGCCCACCAGGCCCUCCUCGACGAGCUCGACAUCCACUCCAUCCACAAGAGCUUCCGCAACCCGUCGUGGAAACCCAACCAGCGCCGCAACAAGAACAUCAAGACCAUCCUCGGCGACGCCUCCCGCCGUGAGGCCUCGGCCCUGGCGACCCCACAACAAGAGGAGGCCAGCGCCGCGGCCACGCCCGCGGGGAAGCAAGGGGACGACGGCCUGUCUACGAGCGGCGCCUCGACACCCGCCGGCGGCAGCACCAGCAACGGCGGCAGCAACAACCCGAACCUCGCGCAAGCUUCGCGCAGCCUGUCGAAGCUGGUCCUCGAGAAGAGUCUGCGUCCCAACGGCGCCGGCGGUUCGGGGCCGAGCGUCACGUACACCAACGUCGAGUCGGCGCCGUCGCUGGCACACACGAAGCGGUACUGUGAUAUUACGGGACUGCCGGCGCCUUACAUUGACCCCAAGACGCGGUUGAGAUAUCACGACAAGGAGGUGUUUGGGCUGAUUCGGACCUUGCCGCAGGGUGCGGCUGAGCAGUACCUCGAAGCGCGCGGUGCGCACACUGUUCUCAAAUGA